ACGGUGUCCGGAACGGAACUCGACUUCCCAAAUUCCCAACGUAAUAUUAGCACACACCAUACCGACCUAUUGACAACCGUGUUUGGCUUUACUUGUGCUCUUGAACUCGCUAUACGAUAUUCGUCCACCAAUGCCCAAUUCCUCACGUCAACACGAGCUUUACCGACCAUCCACACCACACCCCGCAGCUCCGAGACCGAACCUCUUAGCUCCAGAUCGCCGGCCUCUGUCCUUCUAGCCCGACGACAACGACGGUUUCACGGCAAUCACGUAUCCCACUUCUCCACGACGAGACACCCCCAUCCACCCACACCGCCGGCGCAUCCACCGACAACAAUACGCAACCAUCCGCACCACAACAACAACCAGCAACGAACCAAGCACCCCCUCAAAGAACGAAGACACCACCCAACAAACCACCCAAUAAACAAACCAACAAACCCGAACAAACACCCGCCCAUAACACCCCCCAAAUCACCGCCCAAAAUGUCCUUCGACCCCGUAAUGCCCCCCUACAACGCCUCCGACCCAACCGCCCGCUUCGUCUCGGCCUCAUGCCUCGACUUCCUGCUCAUCGAGCUCGUGCCCAUGGCAUACCGGCUGACCAACGAGCUGGAGGCGGCGGCGCGCGCGCACGAGAGUGAGGCUACGGCUGCUGCUGCGGUGGGGGAGGGGGAGGGUAGUGAAGAUGGGGAAGGAGAGAAGGGUGUAGAAAGUGGGGAGGGGGUUGUUGCGGAUGGGGAGGGGGCUAAGGGCGCGAAGGGGGAGGGGGUAAUACCAUCGGGGUCGGGGUCUGCGGUAGCGGCGGUUGGUGCUGGUGGGACGGGGGCGGAGACGGAGACGGUCAUGGACGAGGAGGAUGAGAGGGGCGCGGUGUUUUGGCGGCUGGAGCGCAUCGGGUAUCGGGUUGGGCAGGGGCUUGUGGAGAGAUUCUCCCGCGACAGGCCACGCUUCAACGACACGCUGGAUGUGAUCAAGUUUCUGUGCAAAGACCUCUGGACACUCGUCUUCCGGAAACAAGUGGACAACCUGAAGACGAACCAUAGGGGAGUCUACGUCCUCACAGACAACGCUUUCCGGCCGUUCUCGCGCAUGGGCGCCGAGGUCAGCAGCCAAACAAUCAUCCGCGCGCAACCGUUCCUCUGGCUCCCCUGCGGCAUCGUCCGCGGCGCGCUGGCCGGGCUCGGCAUCACAGCAACAGUCCAUGCCGAGUCGACUCACAUGCCGAACGCAAUCUUCCAGAUCAAGACUGUACCGGCCAAGUCGUAGCGCCUUCUCACCUAUGAUGUCCAAUACAAGCGGCGAAGGGCUAGUUCGAUCACUGCCGGAACAGCGAACAGGCGGCCAGUGCUUGGCAAGAAUAUCGGACUGCCAGCCUUAAUCCCAAACCAGUGCAACACGUCGUGGACGUGGGAGGACUCGGCGUACUUAUUUACGGAUUCAUUAAACCGGUCCCCGCACCGGUUGCGGUAGUAGUUGCGGCUCCGGUUACGGUCGACACGACACAACAUCACGAGGGAGAAAAGAUCAGCGGCGUAUGGCGUUAGGACAGUUGGUAGGCAUGCACGCAGGCAGUGGGUAGAUGGGGGCAGAGGCAUGUUAGAACCGGU